ACAAGUCAUUUCAGUGAACGUAUCGAUAAUAGAUCAAAAAUAAUUUUAAGUGAAUGCAGCCAUUCGGUGUCUAACGUCAGUCGAGGAAGAAAACAAUAACAAAGCGGGCUGUCAGAGUAUUUAUCGUCAAAUAAAAUAAAUCUAAAUGCAUAAUGGAAACUCCUGAUAAAGAAAAAAAGUAAAAAAAAAAAUCUUCAAAAAAGCUUAAAAAGGAUAGUGCAGCUUAUAAGGACAGAGAAUAUUAUAGAAAAAAAGGCGAGGCUGGUCAUGGUAAAGGCCCAAUGGAUGGUGAAGGAGGAUACCUAAAAAGAACAGCUAACAGACAUGUCUUGAUGAGUAAUGAUGUUAGAACAGAUUCAGACUUCGCCGAUUUGUUAAAAAAUGCUGCUAUCGAAAUAAAAGUCAUCCUAGAAGACAACGUGAUUGAGGAGAAAAACCGCGUUCCAAAGUCUCUGGAUGCUAUUCCAGGUAUAAUGGGCAUCACAAAAGUGUACUGGCAAAAAGGACUAGACGUUUUAAUACAAUUAUAUCGAUACGAACAUUUUCAUAAAGAGCUAAAACUAUCGAAGCUUUCUAGCGUUUGUAAUAUGAGUGCAAUUGAUCCUGAGGAAGUUUUUAUGGCUGCAAUUGAAUCUCCUGUUGACGAAGAGCCCAUGAUCACAGAUAACGAUUUGAGAUUUAAAAAUAGAGUAAGCAUUUAUAAAUCUGUAUACUGGUCAUCUUCCUCGGACAAUGAAGGUUUAGAGACAAUAUCUCGUCGUCAGCAGAUUAAAGUUAAACAGAUUGAUUUUGAAGCAAAUACGUCUCAUGGCAGAGAAAAUAUACAUGAAAAUCUCGUAUCCCCUGGGACAUUAUUGCUUGUUAAAGUUUCUACCGAGAAGCCAAAUAACGAUGAUGGAGAAAUCUUAGUAACCUCUUUGAGAUCUGUGCGUAACAAUAAUAGAAAAUUUAAGCUGGAACCUAAGGAUAUAUCAUAUAUUGAUUUUGAGAAAGUUUACACUUGUCCACGCAAUUCGAAGAAAUUUAAGCUGCAUCUAAUUCAAUGA